AUGUCAAUUCCAAAUGUUGAUUCAACACUUCAACUUAUUGAAAAUAAGGAGAAUGAAAGUACUGAAAAUCUUGGAAUGCUUGGAAUAUUCCCUAGUGGUGAUAAUUUAGGAUGUUUUAAUGUUAGUUCACGCCAAAACAUGAUUGAUAGAGAUGAUGGAUCAUAUGGGGAAAGUACUUUUCAAAAAGUUAUAAAAUGGAUUACUGAUAUGAUUAAUAUUUUCCUUCAAUUUCGUGGUCCUAUUUCUGUUGUAUUGACACCAAUACUUGUUUUACCUUUGGCCUUUAGUGAUGACAUGAAAUGUAGAUGUCUUUUUACUGUUAUUUUAAUGGGAGUUUACUGGUCUAUUUCUAAAAUUCCAAUUGCUGUUACAGCUAUGCUUCCUGUUGUCUUAUUUCCAAUUCUUGGGAUUUCUACAGCUACUGAAGUUGGAAGUAAAUAUAUAAGUGAUACUAAUUUCCUUUUUAUGGGAGGUUUAAUGGUUGCAUCAGCUGUUGAAAAGUGUGGUCUUCAUGAAAGAAUAGCUUUAAGAAUUCUUACUUUAGUUGGACAUGCUCCAAAACGUAUUCUUCUUGGUUUUGUUGGUGUGACAUCAAUUCUUAGUAUGUUUAUUUCAAAUACUGCCACUGCUGCUAUGAUGGUUCCAAUUGUUCAAUCUCUUAUAACAGCUAUAGAGGAAGCUUCAAAUGUUACUAAUGAGCUUGAAAGUGCUCGUAAAAAGAGUAUUCAAAAAUUUGCGUCUGGGUUAUAUCUUGGUAUUGCAUUUUCAUCUAAUGUUGGAGGAAUUGGUACAUUAACUGGUACACCACCAAAUCUUGUUCUUGUUGGUCAAAUGUCUCAAUUAUUUGGAGAUGCUGAUACUGGAAUUAAUUUUGUUUCAUGGAUUAUAUUUGCUUUUCCUCUUAUGGUUUGUUGUAUGAUUGCCACAUGGAUUAUUUUAGUUUUUCUUUUCUUAAGAGAUAUUGAAACAAAUGAAGCAGUUGGUAUAACAAUAAAAAAAAAGUUUGAUGAGCUUCCAAAAAUUAGAUUUUCUGAGAUAGUUGUUGCUAUACUUUUUGGUUUUUUAAUAUUUUUAUGGAUUGCACGUGAUCCUCAAGUUGUACCAGGAUUUGGUGUUUUCUUUGGAGCAAAUUAUUUUACUGAUGCUACAAGUGCUAUGUUUAUAUCAUGUCUUUUAUUUAUUAUUCCAUCUAAAAUUCCUACACUUGAAAAUUGUAGAAAAAUGCUUAAAGGUGAGGAACAUGAAAAGAUUGAACAUUUGAUGGAUUGGAAUUAUAUGGAAAGAAAUUUCCCAUGGUCUAUUGUAUUUUUACUUGGUGGUGGAUUUGCUUUGGCAUCUGGUGUUCAAUCAUCAGGAUUAUCUGCAUCAAUUGGAGGACUUAUAGGUCAAUUUAGUCAUAUGCCACUUUGGUUACUUCAAAUUGUUUGUUUUACAAUUGCUAUGCUUGUUACAAAUAUUUGUAGUAAUACAGUUACUGCAAGUAUAUUUAUUCCUGUUGUUGCAAAUAUAGCUUCUAGUAUUGGAGUUAAUCCUCUUAAUCUAAUGCUUCCAACAACUAUAGCAUGUUCAUUUGCAUUUAUCUUACCAGCUGGAACACCACCAAAUGCAAUUGUAUUUGCAAAAAAUGCUAUUUCUGUUUCUCAAAUGGCUUAUGCAGGAGUUAUUGUUUCCUUUGCCACCCUUUGGAUUGUCACACUUUACCUUAAUAUUGUCGCUCCAAUAAUGUUUCCACUUAAAGAGUUUCCUGAAUGGGCUCUUGUUUAUGCACAAAAUAUUACCAAAUAUUAG